AUGCUAGACACUGAUUUGCAGCAGAACGAAAUCAGGGAUAGAUUUAUGGCCAUGGUAACGAGAGACGAACUGAUAAGGCGUAAUAGGAGGAAACAAGAUCAGUUCCAGUCAACUGUCUUAACGAACAUAGCCAUUGUCCUUCGCCUACUUUCUGUUCUUUUUUCGGAAAGCACGUAUAAAUUAUCCAGAAUAGAGUAUAACCGACCAAUCUACAAAAAAUUUGUUGCACACAACAAAUUAACAUUAUAUGGAAUUUUGGGUUUAUCAAAUUGGGAAGUAUUAUUUGUGCCAUGUAUUAAUCUUGGACAAAUAAGUAAGGAGAACAUUAAUGCCACUCGUCAAUUAUUAUCUCAAACACUUCAUCGUACAGAACCAUAUUUUUAUCAAUCAUGGAUAUCUAAUCGUCCUGGUUCUAUUGGUUUAGGUAAAAUUGAUUAUUUAAUUAUACAAGAUCGACAUGAUCAUUUAUAUAAAUUUGAUCCAAUUAAUAAUAUAUGGUUACAUUCAAUAAAUGGUAAUGGUAUCAAAUUAAAAAAAUUUAAAAAAUAUUGGUUAAAUACUACUGAUAAUACUACUAAUACUAAUACUCCUCCUCCUAUUCCUACUACGACUACUACUCAUCAUCAUCAUCAUAAUAAUAAAUUACCUCAUACACCAACACGUUUAUUAAUAUUAACAACAGAUUUUGAAGUAUUCAGUUUUCAAUUAUGUUAUAAUCAAUUAAAAUUAUCAACAAUAUCUAUCAUAACAACAAAAGAAUUAAAUAAAUUACGUAAAAAUAUUAAAAAUAAUAUAAAUUUAUUUAUUAAUUUAUUAACUAAAAGAAUAUCAUAUAUACGCAAAUCAACUGGAUAUUUAUUAGCUAAUGAAUAUGCAAUUCAUAAUAAUAAUAAUAAUAAUAAUAAUAAUAAUAAUAAUAAUAAUAAUAAUAAUAAUAAUAAUAAUUUGGAAACAUUAUUGAUUGGUCAACAAGAUACAACUAAUCAUAAUCUACAUAAAAGAUCUAAUGUUAAUAUCUAUGAAACUAAUUGGAAUGAUAAUAAACAUGAUUUUCCAGUCAAGUGUACUCCAGUUAAUUCACUGACAAGAUUAAAAACAACUUGGUAUCAUCGUUUAAAAGGAAAUUAUAUAAUAAUUAAUAAUACAGAUUUUGCUUAUUGUCGUACAUUACCAUUGGAAAUACCAACACUUGCAUUUAAAAUGUCUGUAAUUAUAUUUCGCGAUUACUUUGAAGGACAUCGAUUUCCAAUUUUAUCAUUUUAUUAUUCAAAUUCAUUAGUUCAUAAUAAAAAUUCUUAUUUAUAUAAAUAUUAUCCACCUUAUUCCUUGGCUACCAAUACUACUACUGCUACUACUUCACCCCCGGUUUCAAUGUCAUUAGUAAAUCGAUUCGGUGUAUGGAUAUUAAGAUCUGGUAAUUUAUUAACUGAUAUCAAUAUGAAUCAACUGAUUGAUUGUAAUAAUCAUUUAUCAACAACAACAACAACAAGAACAACAACAUCAAAUCACCAAAAGAAAUUAUAUUUAAAACAUAUUAAAUUAUCAUUUAGUGAUCAUUUAAAUGAAUUAUUCAAAGAUAAAAAUAUUGUCAAAUCAACUGAAUCAACUUUACAAGAAUUUUAUAUUCCAUUAUAUGAAGAUUAUUCUAAUGAUUGGUGUAGUACUACUACUGAUGAUUGUACAUUCAUGACAACAUCAGAUCAUCCAACCAAUAAUGAUAAUGAGGAUAUGGUAAAAUCUCUAGAACAGAACAAUUUUAUACCAUCUUCAUUUAUAACUGAAUUAUAUGAAUUAAAUCAACAUGAUGAUAAUUGGUUAAUACCUAAACAUAAUCAUAUUAAACAAUCUUGGUUACAAUUAAAAAAUCUUAUACAAUUACCACAAAUUCAUACACCAAAUGUAGAGAUUUUCAAUGAGUUUACAAAUACUACUACUUAUAAUAAUAAUAAUAAUAACAUGAAUGAUACUACUGAUUAUGAUUCUUCAGUAGUUGGUGACCAUCAUUCAUUGAUCAAUGUUGCAACUACUACUUCUACUAUCAAUACUAAUAAUCAUAAUAAUAAUACUAGUAGUAGUAAUGAUAAUCUAAUGUUUAUGAAUUGGGAUACCUUAUCAACCGAUUCAUUAAGUAGUGAACGUGAAAAAAAAUAUUCUGAUAUUUUAUUCAGAUCAAAAUCAAAACAAAUGGAUCAUUCAGUUAUUGAUAAACGUUUAUCUACAAGAUCUGAUUGGCAUAAACUCAGUUUUACUAAUUUACUUAAAACUGAUAAUAGUAGUAGUAAUAAUAAUAAUAAUAAUCAUACUAAUCCUACGAACAAUAAAAGUAACAGUACUAAUAAUCUACGUAAUAGUAUAGGUCAAUCAUUUAGUAAAAGUUAUUCACAUUUUUAUUUAUUAAAUAAAAAGAAAUUAGAUCAUUUCGCAUUUCAAUGUAGUCCGCAUCGAUCUGAUUGGUAUGAUUAUUUAUUAUCAACAAAUUGGUUAAAUUUAUUAUUGUUUACAUUAAAACAAGCAACACAAUUAAGUCAAUUAAUUUAUCAAUAUUCAAUGAAACCAGUAAAUGGUUAUGAUGGAACAAUUAUAUUAUUAAGUGGACCAGAUAGUGGUCGAAAUUGGCAACCGAUUUUAAUGAGUCUUGUACAGAUAAUGUUAUCUGCAGAGAACAGAACAAUUCUUGGAUUUGAAGAUUUAAUUGAACAAGAAUGGAUUCGUUAUGGUUAUCCAUUUGUCCCCGAUCCAACUGAUUGGCAUGAUGAUUCAGUUAGUUGUGAUUAUGAUGAUGGUGCAUGUUUCGCAUUAUUCAUCGACUGUGUUCAUCAAUUAUUGGUCCAAUUUCCUACAGAAUUUGCAUUUACAGAGGAUUAUCUGGUCUUAUUAUUAGACAGUGCAUUAAGUCGAGGUGGUGGAACUCCACCAUUCACUAUAGAAUUCUCAUGUUCAUGCGAAGCAACAAGGCAUGUUAAAACAAAAUCAAUGACACAAGAACAAAUUAUUGAAAAAUCAAAUUAUUUUUAUAAUAUAAGAGCAUGGCGUUCAUUUCAUAAUUGGAAUGAUAUUUUAACUGAUCAUGGAUAUCAAUUACUAUUUAAUUGGUUAUAUUUUUGGCAAUAUAAUUCAGAUCCUGUAAAUAAUAGAUCAGAUUAUACUAAACUUAUACAAACUAUAAAUAAAUCUACCCAAAUACUUAUACCAAUUUUAUCACCAUUAUAUUAUCCACAUUUUUGGAUUCAUGCAUGGUAUCGUUGGAAUCGUUCAAUACGUUUAACUAAUGGUGGGGGUUAUGCAUUCAAUGCUGCUUAUUAUAGAAAUUUAUUAGGAUCAACACUAUUAAAUAAUGAUCAAAAUCCAUUUCAGAUACCACGUACAAAUACUACACCUUAUACUGGUUGGUUAACAGAUGAAUCAAUUAGAAAUGCAUUAAAUCAUAUUGGUUAUUCAAUAUCAUUUGAUGAUUUUUAUAAAAAUUUAUAUGAAAUAGCAAAUUUAUGGGAUAAUAAUGAAGAUUUUAACACAUCUUAA